GAAGCAACAGGUAGAACAAGUCCUGUGUGACCCCGCCCUGACUGCAUUUCAGGGCAGGUGCUGCCACAAUGUGAUAAAGUUUACAGCACGACAGCAAGGACUAAGAGUAUUCGACAGGUUGAGAAGUGAUGUCUUCAGGGCUGGCUGCGCUGUGUCUCCUGCUCCUGCACACCAGAGCUCAGGGCUUUGGGAUCCUGCCAGGAGACUCUCUGAAUCACCUGGAAAUUACCGAGAGAGCCAUUUUAAAUGUCACUGUGCAGGUGUGCCGUGCUCUGGCCCAAGCUGAGGGGACGGACUUCACUCUUCCUGCGCAGCCUUUCACUGCAGAGGCCGUUGCUGUAGCCUGCGGAGCGCCGAAAUCAGCCAAGAGUUUCCGCCAAGCCAUUACGUUCAUCACACUGAGGAACAUACGGGUGGACAUCCGUUAUGCCCUGAAUGCGAGCUUCCACUUUGAUGAAGAAAUGUUUGUUCAAGGAAGGAACAUCAUCACUGAGGGAAUACUGGCUAUCAAAGCGAGCAACAAGCAGGAAAACUUUGAGGCGGCGAGGCAGAAACUGGGAGAGGUUUGUCAUCCUCUACAGGAUUUCUACAGUCAUAGUAACUGGGUGGAGCUGGGUAAAAAACUCCCAAACUCCAAUCUGCUCAGAUCAGACACCAGCAUUGGUAACAUAGCAGAUGAGGGCAGGGCGACGUGUCGCAGCUGUGAUGGAGACGACUGCAGGAACAACAUCUUGGAGGACAUCAUCGAGGGCGAGGUCCUGACCUCCGGAUAUUUUGGUGUUGUGCCUUUAGUCUCAACCAAACCAAAAGGAAAAUGCAGUCACGGAGGAGCAGUUGAUCAAACAAGUACCAUCGACCCUAAAGGCGGCAUCAACAAAGACACUUUGGAUGCCAGCCAUGGAUAUCUCCACACUGACGCUGCAAAUUUGGCGAUAGCUGCGACCAGUGAGCUGCUAGAGGACAUUCGAGGGGCUGCUGGUGACAGACCAUUCCUACAGAUGAUGGGAAUCUCCAAAGGAUCCAGCAAAGCUCUUUGUUUCGUCAUCGACACCACCAAAAGCAUGAGUGACGACAUUGCAACGGUGGCCAACGUCACGUCCAUUAUCAUCAACAGUGAAGUGGGAACAGAGAACGAACCUGCACUUUACAUUCUUGUACCUUUCAAUGAUCCAGAUUUUGGGCCACUGAUAAAGACAACAGACCCAAAAGUCUUCAAGACUGUGAUUAAUUCACUGUCGGCAUCUGGAGGAGGAGAUGAGGAGGAACUGAGUCUUUCAGGGCUUCAGCUGGCUUUAACCAGUGCUCCUUCAAACUCGGAGAUCUUCCUCUUCACGGAUGCAGGUGCUAAAGACAAAUACCUGAAAAGCACAGUGAUAGCACUCAUAGAACGGACUCAAACAGUGGUGAACUUCAUGAUUUCGAUGUUGCCCAGUCGUAGGAGACGGAGGGAUGACAGUCAGCAACAACACAGCAGGAUAAAGGAAUCCGAUGCUCAGCUGUACAGAGACCUGGCUCAGGCCUCAGGGGGCCAGGCCAUUGAAGUCACCAAGAGUGAGCUCCCCGUGGCCAUCAGCAUCAUAACAGAGUCCUCCAGCUCCUCUCUGGUGACCCUUCUGCAGGCAGCCAGGAGUCCCGGAAAAACAGAUAGUUUCAGCUUCAUCGUUGAUGAAACAGUAAUAAACCUUACAGUUUACAUCACUGGGCGCUCCCUCACUUUCACUCUUACCAGCCCGUCAGGUGCAACUCAGCAAAGCAACGACACAACCGGAUCAUUGAUCACUGCAUCCCAGUCAGUGGGAAACUUCAUUACUCUGCGACUAAAAAUAGAAGUUGGACAAUGGGAAAUGAAAAUGGUGUCAAAUAAUUCCUACACGCUGAAGGUCAUAGGUCAGAGUCCUAUUGACUUCCUCUUUGACUUUGUGGAGAUAUCGCAAGGCCCCUUCAAGGGAUUUGAUGCUCUUGACACACGUCCCAGAGCUGGUGUGAACGGCAGCUUGUUGGUGACUUUAACGGGGACUGACUCCGGCACGGUGACAGAAGUCGCUCUGGUUGAAUCUUCGGGGUCAGAGGAGGUAAAAGGUGUUGUGGAGUCACAGGGGGGCGGGAACUUCUUAGUUCAGGUUGACAGGAUACCACCAGUGGUGUUCGUGGUGCGGCUGAAGGGGCAGGUUGACGGUGGUACCUCCAAAGCUUCGAUAAUCUUCCAAAGGCAGUCAUCCACCAACUUCAGACCCUCCAAUCUGACUAUUACUGCUGAUUCAAACAGCAUCUUGAUACCAGGAAAACCAUUCACUGUGUCCUUCUCUGUGAUGACCGAUGGAACAGGGGGAAACUUUACCAUCCGAGCCACCAACAACAGAGGUUUUAGCUCAGUAUUUCCAACCAGUUUAUCCGUGGAAGCUGGAAAUAGUACUAAUGGUACAGUGACCCUCUCAGCUCCUCUUAACACCCCAUCGGGUACUGACGUCACCCUGACAAUUGAGGCCGAAGCUCCUGGGGGCAAAGACACAAACUAUGUCGUGCUGCGUUUCUCCAUCAUUAACACGGUGACUGACUUCACUCAGCCAGUGUGUCAGCUGCUCAGCCUGCAGUCCAACUGCUCUGCAAACUGCAGCUUGUUUAUGUGGGAGCUGUCUGUUCAGGUGAGUGAUGGUGUUGAAGGGACGGGCGUCGACCGUGUUAGCCUCAAACUAGGCAACGGGACCAUGAACACCAGCCUGGCCGCUGGCAAUGAGAACAUAACGCUUGUGUCCUACAGCGCGUCCUGCUGUUCCCCUGAUAUGGAGCUGCUGGUUGUGGAUCGGGUGGGUAAUGUAGGCACCUGUUUCUACACUCUCCGGGAAAAGCCACCAGCUCCUUUCUCUUUCUCCACCAAAGUCACGCAAUCACCCCUUCUUUGCCUGAGCAUAACGGUGUUAGGGCUCCUUUUCCUGACAGAACUGGGCAUCCAGUGACCUCAUGUCGAAGUUGUACAUCUUUAAAGCUGCAUUAAUCUACACAUACUUAUAUACAAACAUACAUAUAAGUACACACAUUCAGUAAAUAUAUAUCAUUGAAUUGGCUAUGUGAACAGUGAAUCCAACUCGAGUUGAAUUAUUUUCAAAUGUAACUUGUCCUGCUGUUUAAAUAUUUAAAUAUUUUCCCGUAAAUCUGGAACAAAAAGUAUUUUUCUUUAAAAAAAACCAAACAACCCCCCCCCCAAAAAAAAAAAACAAAAAAAACCCCAACUUUGCUGGUAUGCAUAACUGCCAAUUUGAUGCGUUUGCUCCAUUCCCCUCCAGUACAGCAGGUGCCAGUAUGUAGAACAUUAGCUGUAACAUCUCGUGACAAAUGUCAUCUAUGAAUAAAACGAGUAGAAAAAGAUUGAUGAACGUGAGAGGGACGAAGUACCUGCCACACACUGAAAGCAUCAUAUAAAAUUGGAGGAGACUUACCUGUACUUCAUGAAGAGCAACACCAGUCAAAAAAACAUGCCCCUGCAAAAUCACCACUGAGGCAUAAAGUGUAAGUGAUGUGUAUAAAUCAUUCAAGUAAUACAUAGACUAAGCGCUUAAUUUAGCUACCGUUUUGUCUUUUUAUUUAUAUAAUGCAGGGAUGUUCACAGCAUUUCAUUUUCAACCAGGUGUCUGUUUCUGACCACCUAAUUAUAGUCACUUACUUAAUGUUGGAACUAGUUAACCCAAUCCGUGUUGUUCUGAUAUUUUAAAAUGAGUUGUUACCUAGCUGUGAUUUUAGGAUUCACUGUGUGUCCCCUGCCCUCAAAGUAAGGGUAUGUGGACAGUGUAAGGGCGGUGGGACAUCCCAGGAGGAGCACCUGAAAAUUUCAGGCUGUCUGAGGGGCAGGUGUGAAAAAAUAAGAGAACACCAGCAGCGUGUAUUGGGACCUGCCAUAACAUGCAGGUAGAGAGUUGGGUAUGUACUCAUAGAACGGGCGUUACGUUCCAUAAAUACUAUUUCACUUGCGAUCGCCAGUAAGAAGAGAACAAACAAAAUUUCAUGCAGACCCUUACGACAACACGGAUGCAGAAAGUAUAAACUCGGUUUAAGUACACAACUGUUUGCUGAUUUAUUAACCACAUAAUCUUUAUCAGUGAAUGUUGGGGGUGUGUGCCUUUCAGCUUGUUUUGGAUUUCAUCUGCCCUCUAGUGGCCAAAACUGAUUAAUGCAGCUUUACACCUCAAACUGAUUUUCUGCUUAUGAGCAUACUGGUUACUAUUAUGAGGCUUAUUACUGCUGUUCUAAAAGUAUCUUGUCCUCUGAAACAUGGAGCCCUGAUACCUUUUCACUCUGCCUUCUGUUCAGUGAAUGUAUUUCUUUUUGUUUGUGAGCCAACCUAAAUCCUAAAACGGAACAGAGAAAUCCUCCUGAGGUUUCCACACAUGCCUGUGGAUCCAUGCAGACAUGAGAUGGUUAAAGACCAGCUGGCCACAGUGUAGGGUGUCCAGCACCUACAGGUGGCAGGUGAUCAUUUCUCAUCAGGAACAUAAACUUUAAAACAUUGCAACAACAGACGGAAGGGGCAGGCAUUUUUAAAAAACACUGUUUUUAUUGUUGUCAUUGUUGUCUAAUGUAUAAUCCUUUACAGAGCACAAAACGCUUUGCUUUUCACAUUUUGCUACAAGUUCAACAAAUUUUCCCCCGUUUGCUUUUAUCACUAUUUACAUUCUGAAAAGUAUUUAGAGAGACUCAUUCAGAUAAACCAGUCAGUGAUCGUCUGAUGCAGAGGGCGAGAAAAUACAUGUGUUGAGAUGUCUUCUUCUGUGGUGAAGUAUGUUUGUCACUAUGUAGUUUGUAGAUGCAGUUUACCAAAAGUCCUUUUCUGGCAUUUGAUUUUUGCUUCUUUUUGUAUACUUGUCCUUGUCUCACAGAUUAUUAUUAAAAAAGAGAUAACAGUG